GUAGUAAUCACUUACCGUAAUUACACACACACACACACACACACGAAAGAAGAAGAGUUAUCGUCAAUAUGCAGAACAUCCGCAACGCAGCCUCGCAUAUGCCGGGGUCCUCCAGCUGUUGGCAGCGGAACUGGCCGCGAGUUUUCCUCCUCUUCGCCUUAGCCACCGCCGUGCUCUGUUUUGUGUCGAUCAUCACCGGUCUGAUAACGGCCGUCCUGCAGCCGCGACUCGUGCUGCUCAGCAUCUACUGUCUGCUGUUCGCGCUGCUCGGCUUCUCGGCGGAGCUGCGGCAGUUCGCGUGGUGCCGCCGGGUCGUGUACUUGUGGAUGCGCUACUUCUACUUCCUCACCUACUACAAGGCGAGGGCCAUCUUCUACAUUAUGUUCGGCUUUUUACUCCUGACGAGCCGCACGCUGGACAUCAUCGCGGCCAUCGUGACGCUCGCACUCGGCAUCAUGAUGCUGCUGGUGGCCCUCGUCGUGGACCUGCCUGUCUUCGAGGACCCACGGGAGCAGCAGCAGAAGGAGGAGGAGUACCGCAAUUACUACUCCGGACCCCCGCCGAACAGCGCCGCCGUGGUGAACACGAAUGCGGGCACAAACAACGUGAAUAUGAACACCACCAGCAACAACGGUGUGCAGGCGGACACACCGGCGCAGUUCAAGAGCGGUGCGGCCAACGCGCAGCACAACAAGCAGGCGGCGGUGGUGCCCCCCGGUGCCGCGCCCGCGCAGACGAACCACUACACGGAUCACACCUACCGCGACAGCGGCGAUGACGAGCCGGCGCAGCGCGAAGGAACGAGCACGUACAGCAACGUCUCUCCUAAAGCGAACCCCUACGAAACGAACAACAGCGAUACCUACGCCGGGGCGAACAUGUUUUCGAGCGGUGGGAGGAGCGGACCAAGCAUGUUUGCGCCAUCGCCGGCGACGCAGGUCGCAUCACCGCCGCUGCAGGAGGCCGGCGUGACGCGCGGCGGCAACACGGAGAGCGCCAUCCGCCGCGACUUCGCCGCGGCCGUCGGCUCGAGCGCGAAGGGUGAUGACAUAAGGUAG